AUGGCUGCAAGCCUCAAAAUUGGCCAACAGCUCGAAGAAAAAGUCGGAAGUUAUAUCGUCUCUGUGCAGGUCUGGACUGCCGCGAAAAGCAACUCUCAAGCUGGAAAAGUUAUUAUCAAGACAGCUCCGCAGGGACGCCUCGAAAACGAGCGGGAUGUUCUAAAGCGUUUCCGCAAUUGCCCAUACCUAUACAUAAAACCGGACAACAUUUUCGUCAAUUAUGACACCGGAUCAUCCCGCUUCACCGAUGUCCAACUAGCUGGUUUCGGUGAUGUUACUCGGAUAGAUCCCUUAAAUUACCUUAACGUCGGGAUAAAUGGACCCCAUAUGGGAGCUGCUAUCUUUAGAAGCCCUGAGGCCAUGAUGCAGCUCAGAUAG